AUGAAGGCUGGCCUCGUCUCCGUCGCUGCAACUCUCAUGGUGGGUGUUUCCCCUGUUUGGGGUACCCCAUCAACCAGUGUGCAACGCGACACCAUUACCCCCAUCACCAUCAAAGGCAAUGCUUUCUUCCAGGGCAAUGACCGAUUCUACAUCCGGGGUGUUGACUAUCAGCCCGGCGGUUCCUCCAACCUGACAGACCCGAUCGCCGAUCCCGAGGUUUGCAAGCGUGACAUCCAAAAGUUCAAGGAUCUUGGCCUCAACACCGUUCGUGUCUAUUCUGUUGAUAACUCGAUGGACCACGAUGAGUGUAUGAAGGCAUUGGCAGAUGCUGGUAUCUACCUGGUACUUGAUGUCAACACUCCCAAAUACGCGAUCAACCGUGCCAGCCCCCACAAAUCAUACAACGAUGUGUACCUCCAGUACAUCUUCGCCACUGUCGAGAUGUUCGCCAAAUAUGACAACACUCUGGCCUUCUUCUCUGGAAACGAAGUUAUCAAUGAUACAAACACUACUGCGAUCGCUGCUCCGUAUGUGAAGGCUGUCACUCGUGACAUUCGCGCAUACCUCCGUGCUCGUAAACUCCGCCAAGUCCCCGUCGGAUAUUCCGCCGCGGAUAUCGCUGAGAAUCGACUGGAAUUGGCCGAAUACAUGAACUGCGGCCCCGAUGAUGUGCGGAGCGACUUCUUCGCCUUCAACGACUACUCGUGGUGUGACCCAUCUUCCUUCGUUCAAUCUGCCUGGGACCAAAAGGUCAAAAACUUCACUGGCUACGGCAUCCCACUCUUCCUGUCCGAGUACGGCUGCAAGACGAACACUCGUAAAUGGGAAGAGGUUACCUCCCUCUACUCAACAGACAUGACUAGUGUCUAUUCCGGUGGCUUGGUCUACGAAUAUUCCCAGGAGGAUAACGGUUACGGCUUGGUGGAGAUUGGCGCAGGCAAUGUUACUGAGCUUCCCGAUUAUACUACCCUCAAGGACGCCUUUUCCAAGACCAAAAACCCAACUGGCAACGGAGGCUACAAUAGCACUGGCGGUGGCAAUCCUUGCCCCGAAAAGGAUGUAUACUGGUCUGUCAGCACCGAUGACGUCCUGCCCGCUAUGCCUGAACCCGCCAAGAAGUACUUGACCGACGGUGCUGGCAAAGGUACAGGUUUCAGCGGCAAGGGUAGCAUGGAUUCUGGUACUGAAUCUACAGCUACCGCCACUCCAGGGUCUGGCACUGCAACUGCCAGCACCUCAAGCAGCACUAGCUCCAAGGGAGCUGCUGUGGGUCUUCAAGUCCCUCAACUCACUAUGGCACCCAUUGCCAUUGGUUUGGCGACCGUUCUGUCCACUCUUUUUGGAGCCAGCCUUGUCUUCCUGUGA